AUGAUCGAGAAAACAGAAAGCGACUCCAAUCGUGGAGAACGAGGAAGCAACGAGAUCAAAAGAACCGGGUCUGAGAUGUCAGAACACCUAGAGAACAUCGGUGCCACUUCUCCGGCGAGCAUCUCAGAUGACGGCGUAUGCGACAAUGAAUCACUACAGAACCCCCGAAACUGGCCCCAUUGGAAGAAAAACGCUCAGAUCUUGAUGGUGGCCUUCCAUUCCAUGAUGGGAACCUUUAUGGCGGCCGGAAUCGUCCCGGCAUACGACGCAUUCGCUGAAGAGUAUGGUGUCACAGUUCCAGCUGCCAGUUAUUUGACUUCAUUCCAGAUCUUGCUCUUAGGUCUCUCGCCUCUCAUUUGGAACCCAGUCACCGCGGUAUACGGCCGUUACCACGUCACAUUGCUUUCCGUACUUGGCAGCAUGGUAUGCAAUAUUGGCGGCGCACGAUGCACCUCGUAUGGUGCCCAGAUGGCCACCAGAGUGUUGACGGCUAUUCUCAUCUCCCCGCCCAUCGGCAAUGGCAGUGGAGUAAUCACAGAACUAUGUGAGCCCGAGCACCGAGGAAAGAAGAUAGGUUGGUGGACAUUGAUGACAACUAUCGGGACACCCUGCGGUCCAUUCUUCAUGGGAUUCGUGAUCAAACACAUUGGCGUCCAGUGGAUCUUCUGGAUCUUCGCGAUCGUCAACUUCUGUCAAUUCUUGAUGUACCUUGCCAUUGGCGACGAGACGAUCUACAACCCCGAAAACGAGCGCAAAACAACCGGAUUCUGGAGUAAGCUGAUCCCACGAAAGAUCAGCUCCAAAUCCCUGCGGCCUCAAGACAUCGUCGCGCCAUUCUCUUUGGUUCAGCAUCCACGAAUCCUCAUCGCUGCAUUUGCCCAUGCCAUCACCUUCUGCUAUGCCAACAUCGCCAUCAUCGUCGAAAUGCCAAUCGCAUUCGGAGAAAAGUUCCACUUCGAUGCUCAGCAAAUCGGACUGCAGUUCAUCGCAGUCAUUAUCGGAUGUGUGUUGGGAGAACAAGUCAGUGGACCUAUGUGUGAUUGGUUCAUGGGACGGGUUCGCAAGUCGCGCGGUCAUUCUUACCCGGCUGAUCGUCUUUGGCUUUCAUAUAUUGCUUUCGCAACAAUUUUUGCUGGCUUGUUGACUUGGGGAUUCCAAUUGCAGCAUGCUACCACUUGGAAUGUGACUCCCUGCGUUGGAGCCGCGAUUGCCAGCUUCGGUAAUCAAAUGCAGACCACCAUUCUCACUACAUUUGCGGUAGAGAGCAAGAAGGAAAGGGCAAGUCAAGUUGGCGUUUUUGUCAAUGUUUGCCGACAGAUCUAUGGAUUCCUUGGUCCUUUCUACUUCCCGGACAUGUUCGCUGCCCUGGGAUUCGGUGGAGCGGCUGGUGUGAUGGUGGCAAUCAUCGCCGGAUGUGCCUUACUACCGACAAUCGCAGUGCAAUUUGUCUCGACGCGGAUUGACUCCCGCUGA